AACCAAUUAGAUUAUGAGACGCAACCCGUGUGUCUUUCGAUGUAGCAAACGCGUCAAAAGGAUUCCUGCUCUUUCACACUCUGUAAAGUGUUGUUUUGCCAUACUUUUAGGUUCAAGCGCUAGUGUUGGUGUUAUACUCAUAAGGAGUUCUACCUUUCUCUGACGGAUUUGUGGAGGGGGCGCCUAAGAGGACGAACAUGUCGGGAAAGAAUUUUCGCGUUAGCGACGGAGACUGGAUUUGUCCCGAUAAAAAGUGUGGUAAUGUCAACUUUGCUAGAAGAACUAGUUGUAACAGAUGUGGCAGGGAUAAAACAACUGAAGCAAAGAUGAUGAAAGCAGGGGGAACAGAGAUUGGAAAGACCCUGGCUGAGAAGAGCAGAGGUCUCUUCAGUGCCAAUGAUUGGCAGUGCAAAACAUGUGGCAAUGUAAACUGGGCCAGAAGAUCAGAGUGCAACAUGUGUAACACUCCUAAAUAUGCCAAACUGGAGGAAAGGACAGGAUAUGGUGGAGGGUUCAAUGAGAGAGAGAAUUUAGUCUACAAUGAGCGAGAGGAGUCUGAUGGCGAGUACGAUGAAUUUGGGCGCAUAAAAAAGAAGUAUCGUGGAAAAAGCAAGAAGGACACUGAAAAAAAAGAGGAACCAAAAAAAAAUAAAAAUAAUGAUGAUGAUGAGGACGAUGACGAUGAUGAUGAUGGAGAUCUUUCAAAAUACAAACUUGAUGAUGAUGAUGAGGAUGAUGCAGAUUUGUCCAAGUACGAUUUGGAUGCUAGUGAGGAGAAGAAAGGGAGUCGCUCCGGCUCCUCACGGUCAUCAUCUCGCUCGUCCAGUUCAAGUUCCCGGUCUAGGUCCAGCAGAUCCCGGUCCAGGAGCUCAUCCAGUUCCAGAUCUCGCUCUCGCUCCAGGUCCAACUCCAGGUGAAUGAGGUGACAUGCACUCUCCAGGAAAGAGUGUGUAUGAACAGCCAGUGCUUGUAAUGAACUCUUUGUCCUAAGUCUUGGAACAGAAGUCGAUUUUGAUCACCGUAAAACAAAUGAUUAAUAAAAUGAGGGUGACGUGGGGAGCAGUGAGAUGUAGCUUUGUCUCUUUUGGAAUGUUUGAACAGGAUUUUUUUUACUUUUUGUUCUCAGCAUAGAUGUCAAGAGCUUUCUUGUGCUUUUAGAAAAU